AUGUUCAACAGUAACUUCCGGGACUUCGAUGAUGACCCGUUCUUCUCGGAUCCGUUCCGGGCUCACAGGGAACACAUGAGGCAGAUGAUGCGAAGCUUCUCUGAGCCGUUCGGCGGGCCCUUAAUGCCCAGCAUCACUGAUGGGAGGAGUCGGGGUCACGACAUGGCCGAGCAUCCUGGCUCUACCCUGGCACUGAGGGAUGAACACAGGGAUAUGAGCCGGUCAUUGAUGCCCUUUGGCUGUACUGACAGCACGGACAUGAUGAGGAACCCUUUCAGCAUGUUCGACAACGUGAGGACCAACAUGAGGAACAGGAUGCAAGACACGCAGCGAAACUCUGAGAACAUGUCCAACGGUUCAAACACUCACUCAUUCAGCUCCUCGUCAGUCAUGACAUACUCCAAGGUUGGAAAUGAGCCGCCCAAAGUCUUUCAGGCAUCCUCGUCGACACGGCGUGCCCCUGGAGGGAUCAAGGAGACCCGGCAAGCGGUUAAAGACUCUGAGAGCGGUCUGGAGAAGAUGGCCAUCGGCCACCACAUCCAAGACAGGGGACAUGUUGUUGAAAAGAAAUACAACAAGAAAACAGGAGAGAAGGAGCUCAACCAGGACUUUCAGAACUUGGAUGAAUCUGAAGCACAGUCUUUUGACGAUGAGUGGCAGGAGGAGUUGACCAAGUUCAAGCCGGCUGACCCUGUGUUAAGUCUGGAAGAAGCUCGGCCCCGUGCCGUUCACCCGGCGGCCCUCACAGGUCCUGAGGAGGCCCACAGAGACCAGUCAAAGGGCAAAGCUGAAGGUAGAAGCAACAUGAAAGGCUUGGGCUCGACAAAGCAGUGA